AUGGGUGAUGGUGAUGAUAAAGACACUAGUGACGGUAAGGUUGUAGCCGAUACCGAAAGUGAAGAAGAAUAUGAGCGUGAAGGAUGGGGGAAGAAAAUCGAAUUUAUGCUAAGUUGCAUUGGUUUUGCUGUGGGAUUCGGCAAUCUAUGGCGAUUUCCAUACCUAUGUUACAAAUAUGGAGGAGGAGCAUUCUUGAUUCCAUAUUUCAUAUCCUUAGCUAUCUGUGGAGUUCCUCUUAUGGCAUUAGAAUUUGGAAUCGGACAGUACUUUGUAAAAGGCCCUACGGUUGUCUUUAAGAAAAUUUGUCCUUUGUUAUUCGGAACUGGCUUCUCUAUGAUCAUGGUUUCCUUUUUAGUAUCUAUCUAUUACGUUGUCAUCUUAGCCUGGGUGCUAUAUUUCUUGUUUGCAAGUUUUAUCUCUCCUUUACCUUGGACAACAUGUGAUAAUUCAUGGAAUACGCCUGAGUGUUUAGUUCGAAAUGGUUCUAAUGUUAAUGAGUCUGGAAUUUCACCAGCGGUCGAAUACUUCAAUAUUCGUGUUUUAAACAAGACAGCUAAUCCAGAUAUUAGUGGACCAGUGAAAUGGGAUUUAGCCUUGCUUCUUAUACUGGCUUGGGUGAUAGUCUACUUGUGCAUCUUUAAAGGAGUAAAAUGGACAGGAAAAGUCGUCUAUUUCACUGCUACCUUCCCUUACCUUGUAUUAGUAAUUCUAUUCUUCCGUGGAGUAACAUUAGAUGGUGCAGGUUUAGGUAUUUCCUAUUAUCUAAAAUUAGAUACAUCGAAGCUUGCUGAUAUCGAGACGUGGAAAGAGGCGGGAACUCAAAUCUUCUAUUCUCUUGGUGCGGGUUUCGGUUCCCUUAUCGCAUUUGCUAGCUAUAAUAAAAGAAAUAACAAUUUCCUUAAGGAUGCAGUCGUUAUUAGCGCUAUAAAUUGUGGCACUAGUUUCUUUGCUGGAUUUGUUAUUUUUUCAAUGUUGGGCUAUAUGUCCAAGCAACAGGGUUUACCAAUCGAAAAAGUUGUCGAUGAAGGUCCCGGCUUGGUAUUUAUGGUUUACCCUGCUGGAUUAUCUACUUUACCGGGAUCAAAUUUUUGGUCGAUCCUUUUCUUCUUCAUGUUGAUUACACUUGGCUUAGACAGUCAGUUUGCUAUGGUUGAGGCCAUUUCUACAGGAUUGACGGAUUUCUGGCCUAAUCUAUUCGCUUCUCGUAGACCAUAUCUUAUUUUAGGAUUAUGCAUUGUCGAAUUCCUGAUUGGACUAACAUGUAUAACAAAAGGUGGUAUCUAUAUCUUUGAUUUAUUUAAUACCUAUUCUGCGGGCACAGCCAUGAUUGUAACAGUCUUAUUCGAGAUUAUGGCUGUUUCAUGGUUUUACGGUGUUAGACGAUAUACACGCAAUAUAGGAUCGCUGUUAUCGUGGAGAGUUUGGAUAUCUUGGGACAUUUGCUGGGCUUUUUUAACGCCACUUAUGAUAGCGGCGGUCUUCAUCUUCAGUCUCGUUUUUUAUACUCCAAUAACAUACAAUGGCAUUCUGUAUCCUUGGUGGGCUGAUUUUGUUGGCUGGCUUAUGGCAGUCUUAUGUCUAUUAUGCAUCCUGCUUCCAGCUAUUUAUCAGCUUAUUUAUACUGAGGGAACAUUUAAAGAGGCAAGUAAAGCGCUCUCAACUGCAUGA